AAACUGUGUCACUGGGCCACGAGGCUCACGAGGUCACAUGGACACAUUUCGAGCCUCGUGCAGCUGCGCGCCUGCGCUCAUCUCAUCCAUGCUCCUUGGAACGAGGCAAAAAGCAAAACCGGGCCGACUUGACAGAACAGUUCAGAUCGACACAGAUUGGGCGAGUGAUACUGGCGUAUGAUACACUUUUACUGAAUGAACCACAUUUCUCUGACGUCUUUGCGCAGCAUUUAACAACUUUUCUCAGCAUCUAGCCGAUGCGCGCGUAUUUUAUACGGUUUUAGUUCGUUUCGUGCCAGUUAUGACUUUAUCGUAAAGAAGAACCGAUCUGUAAGAAAAACAGAAGUGCAUCUGGAGAGUGCAUCUUCUCUCUGGGUGUUGCAUUGGAGAUUUUGUCAUAAACCUGCAUGACUUUACUGGGGCUCAACAUGACAACAGCAGUAGAUACAAACAACACAGGUGGGGUAAUAUCAUACAUCGGAUCGUGUGGAGGCUCUCCCAACCGCACCAGCCCCGUGUCCAUGUACAGUGAGAAUUCCAACAGUAGCCAGACACAACCCUGCUUUGGCUCUUCAUUCCCACCUUCCCCCAAUGGAUCCAAUGAUUCUUCACGUAUGUACACCAGCAGUAGCAGCAGCAGCUCGAGUUCAGGAUCAGGAGAGGACGGAAACUCAUCAUGCUCUGGUGGAUCCCCAAGAGGCCGCGAUGAUGGUGGAAGUGCACGCAAUUCACCCAACAAAUCAGUUGCCACCCUUACUAAGCUGAAUGGAAUGGUGUUGCUGUGCAAAGUGUGUGGCGACGUGGCUUCUGGAUUUCACUAUGGUGUCCAUGCCUGUGAGGGCUGCAAGGGUUUCUUUCGACGCAGCAUCCAGCAGAACAUCCAGUACAAAAAGUGCCUUAAGAACGAAACCUGCACCAUUAUGAGGAUCAACCGGAACCGGUGCCAGCAGUGCCGUUUCAAAAAGUGUCUGUCUGUGGGAAUGUCCCGGGACGCUGUUCGUUUCGGCCGGAUCCCGAAACGUGAGAAACAGCGUAUGCUGGCCGAGAUGCAGAACGCCAUGAACAACAUGGUGAACAACCAGCUUCAGAAUGAAUUCCAGCUGGCGAGAAUCACAUCCAACACCCCCUGCUCUUCCUCAUCAUCCCCAUCCUCAUCUCCGUGCCCGGGGCUUACAGUGGGACCGCAACCCCAGCCCCCCGCAGUGGCCAUAGCACCGUCCCCUUCCCCUCCGACCCCAACCUUUCCAUCGGUGCAGCCGGCUCAGACGACUUCUCCACCACCGUGCUCCAGUCCAGGUGUAGAUAAAACCAUCGCCGCCAUAACCAGAGCACACCGUGAGACCUUCAUCUACGCCCAUGAUAAGUUGGGUCCAGCACUUAUGCCUCACAACGGCGAGCUGGACAACCAAAGCAGCAACCGCUGCAUGGCUGGAUACCACCUCAACGGCCCCAACACCAUCUACCACCAUGAUAAUAAUGUCACUCAUCAUUGUAACAACUUCGAGGUGCCACCAGAAAAUGGCCUCCAUUUUCAAGCCUCUGGACAACAUCACCAGCACAAUAACAAUGGUCAGCGACCUCCGAACAGUAACCUCUUUGGCGUUCCCCACCACAGUCAGGAGAUGAACAGCAGCUCCCAGGGGCAGAACUGUCCGUGGAAAAAACGCAAGGAGAUUCUGCUGGCUUGUCCAAUGAACAUGCAUCCUUACUCAGACCCCAACAAAACACCACAGGAAAUCUGGGAAGACUUCUCUCUUUGCUUCACCCCAGCGGUCAGAGAGGUGGUGGAGUUCGCCAAACACAUCCCAGGGUUUAGCACGCUAUCCCAGAACGACCAGGUCACUUUGCUGAAGGCCGGAACGUUUGAGGUCCUCAUGGUGCGCUUCUCCUCUCUGUUUAACGUAAAAGAGAGGACCGUAACGUUCAUCUCGGGCACCACCUACAGCCUGGAGGCCCUGAAAAGCAUGGGCAUGGGCGAUCUGCUGGGAAUCAUGUUCGACUUCAGUGAAAAACUCAACGCACUAGAGCUCUCAGCAGAAGAACUAGGACUCUUCACUGCAGUCGUGCUGGUGUCUGCAGACCGUUCUGGCAUUGAAAACGUGAAUUCAGUGGAGAUGCUUCAGGAAAGUUUAAUCCGGGCUCUCCGAUCCCUCGUCAGCAAGAACGCCCCUAAUGACGCCUCCCGAUUCACCAAGCUGCUGCUCAAACUUCCUGACCUGCGCACGCUGAAUAACAUGCACUCAGAGAAGCUGCUCUCUUUCCGCAUUGAUGCCUGAGGUUGCAAGAAGCUGAUGAAAGUGGGUCACCGCUGGUUGACUGAAAGACAGAAUGGGUACAAACAUUAGAACUCUAUCCAAGAGAACCCAC